UGGAAAAGAAGACCGAUAGUUUUUUUUCCCAUAUAGCCUCGUUUGAGUUUCUGUAGGGGCAGGACAUGUUCCGCGGAGGAAAAGUGAAGUGCGAGUCCGGACCGCGCCGCCGCCAGAGCCAACAGCCGAGGAACGCUACCGGGGGUUGAGCCCGCCUCCUCAUCUGCAAAAUAAGACCAUAAAUCUCUCUCUCGAGGGGGGUGAGGUGGGGGGGAGCUGUGUUUGGGCUCAAAACACAAAGCAGAGGAGGACAGGGGGGAAGAAGAAAACCGAGAAAGACGAUUAAAGGAGUGCCUUGAGGACAAAGAGGGGCACCACAAAAUCUGCACUUUGUGAACGACGUCAAGCGAUGAGGCCAUUAAAGAAGCAGCGAGGCCGUUCUCCCCCGCUGACCAGAGGUCGAGGGGGGAGACGGAGAGGAAGCUCUCAGCCCCUUCAAGAGAAGGACCCCAAAAGAGCCAAGAGGGAAACACUCGUCAAGACCACACAGCAUUCACCCAGCGCUCCAACAAGCAAACAGAUAUCGCACUCCGUCGAAGAGCCGAUCACAAACAGCGGUACUCCCAAGAGAGCGGAGCCUACUGGACUGAGGAAACCUGUGGAAUCGGUCGAGAGAAAAGCAGCAGAAAAGACAGAAACAGAAAAGAUAGACGGCACGAACGGAAAUAAGGCCGUGUCCUGUAACUCUAUAGCAUUUCCUACCACCACCCCAACGCCACUCUCCACAGCCACGCCCCCUCCGGCCAACAAUCACAGCUUAGGCUCAGUCUCUAGUAGGAAAACAGCCACAUUUAAGGCUCGUGUGCCCAAGAAGAAAUACACGUAUGAGCACUUUGCAAACAACGCAAGUAGCCUGACUACCAUUCCUACCUCCAGCCCUGCACUUAUACACAGCAGUUACCACAAUGCUCACAGCAAAAUCAGCGAUAGUUUGAGUACACCCAAUAACAAUUUCAAGAGUAGUAACAGUAUUAGUCAAAGCAGUAAUAAAAGUAUUCAUUUUAGUAUCAAUAGUAGUGGUAAUAGUAACACUACCAGUGGUAUUGACAUUGUGACUAACCGUAGUAGCCAUAAUACUCUUAUAGAUAGCAGUAAUAGUAAUAAUUGCUCAGGUAAUCAGCCAUCAGUGCUAAUUGUGGACAGCAAAGCUCCAGACGGAAACUACGUUGUUUCCGGGGACGAUAAAACCUUCAGGGCGGCAGGAUCCCAGGACAAAGAUUUCCAACCUGGGAAAGAUAAGUCGGAGGGGGCCCGUUACUCAGUGCGCUCCUCCUCCACGGAUACUGCGAGCGAGCACUCCGCUGACCUGGACGGGAUGGAAGCAACAGGACCGUGCCUGCCUCAAAAGAACCCCCGCUGCCCAGCCGCUCUCCACCAGCCGCACAAAGAGGCCAGGCGUUCAGAGGGACUGGCUGAAGCUUUGGCCAAGGGCAUGAGGAACCAGAGAGUCCUUGCUCGCCGGUUAAAGACGACCACGGAGAGCGGGGUCGGGUCCACGGGCAACCGAGGGUUGGAGGAGAGUGAAUCACGGCCUCUAUCCCCGGUGUUCAGGCCAGGGGUGGUGCGCAGGGUGAGUGGAGGGACUGUAGAAGUGCAGCUCCAAGGAGAGGAGACCCUUGUUGGAUACCCGUUCCGUGGCGGGACCGCGAUGACAUCGUCACCUGGAGCCGAGAGCCCGGUGGAGUUCAUUCUGGACGCCCCCCCGCCUGGCACGGCACCCGUGGCAGUGAGGACCCGAGUAUGCGUUCCCUUCGGUGGAGAGGAGGGUGGUCCUCCGCUGUACAGAGAAGGCAUUGUCACCCAGGUGGACCCCCACCCUGGCGUGUCCUUUCCUUACCAGGUGCUCUUCAGUGAAGACUGGGAGUCUCUGGACGGCGCCCAUGGGGGGGAAGAGAAAAGGAAAGCUAACGCCAAUUCUCAGGCCGUGUGGGUGUCCCGACAAAGUCUGAGGCUGCUCACCCCUCCCUGGGAGGUCCCACACCUGGAUGGUGGGAGGGCCCAGGAAAGAGAGCGCGAGAGGGAGAGGGAGGAGAGGGAGCGCAGGGAGGAGAUGGAGGUGGAGAGGGAAGUGUGCCAGUUGAGCAUUGGGAUGGGCGUGCUGGGAGGGGGAGCAAGGGUGAGCCAUGGCUUUGAAGGAGUGGCCGGGGGGCAUCCCUAUGGAAGCACACAUCCGCCACCCCGUUCCUCCACUGGUAACGCCACUUCUGUCGUGGCCUGCGGGUCGGGCGGAGGGAGCCAGCCGAACACCCCGGAAGAGGAUGUCGAGGUCUCUCGUUUGAACAUGGCGCUCGCCGUCGGCGCCAAGGCAAACGCCGGGAACUCCCAGCACAGAAACAUCGCCUCCAAGUCCCUCUGCUACCCCUCCUCCUCUCCCCACCUGCCUGCGGUGCAGGUUCUGGCGCCCCCCCAUCUCUCCACCCUGCCGAGCCCCCAUCCGCCCCGGUCCCCUGCCUCAAUCGGGUCUGAGAUUAACAGAACCACUCCGAGCCUACCUCCUUUGAAGUCCACUCCCACUCAGACCCCUACUCCCACUUCCGGUGUGGGGUCCUCCUCUACCUCCUCUCGCUCCAGGACCCCCCUCUCGUUGGCUCAGCAGAAAUACAAGAAGGGCGACGUGGUGUGCACACCCAAUGGAAUCCGUAAGAAGUUCAACGGUAAGCAGUGGAGGAGGCUGUGCUCCAGGGAAGGCUGCAUGAAGGAGUCUCAGCGUCGAGGAUACUGCUCAAGACACUUGUCCAUGAGGACCAAAGAGAUGGAGACGGCGGCAGGGGGCGGAGGAGGCAGCAGCUCAGGGACCGUCACCCCUGACCUGCGGGGGAGGGCGAGCAGUGAGUUUGAGUGGGACGACACGUCAAGGGAGAGCAGCGAGACUAGUAGCAGAGGAGACUCCAGACCCCGCCUGGUCCUCCCUUCCCUCCUCCCCCACGACCUGUCGUCGCGCUUUGACUUUGACGAGUGCGAGGCCGCCACCAUGCUUGUGUCGCUGGGGAGCUCGCACUCCGGCACCCCCUCCUUCUCGCCCAUCUCCACCCAGUCGCCCUUCUCCCCCGCCCCGUCUCCCUCGCCCUCCCCGCUGUUCGGCUUCAGGCCCGCCAACUUCUCCCCGAUCACCGCCUCCCCGGUCCUGCAACCCCGAAGGCACAGGCAGCCCAGCGGGACAGGGGGGGGUGCGGCCGGGGGCAGCAAAGCAGCGACCCAGGCCGGAGGAGGAGAAAGGGAGAGACACUCGUCGGGUAUGCAGCCCUCCUUCCACAGCAACCUGAUGUUCACGGUCCCCAUGAGCCCCAGCAAACGAAAGCCCGACGCUCUUCCUCCGCCGCCCCUCCCCUCGCACCACCACGACUACACGCCCAAGACAGAGCCGGAGCAGGGGGACCUGAACGGCUCUUUUAGGGUGCUGUCCCCCCACGUCCAGGCCUCACUGUCCCGCACGCACACGCCCACCUUCUCUAGACCCAGAGGAGUCAGCACCCUCUCGUCCAGUAGGCCACCGUCCUCCACCGCCGUCUCCCCCCCUCCUCUGCUGGUAUCUCCGACUCCCCCUUCCCCUCUCACUCCCGAUGGAGGGCCUCGCCGCCUGGUUCCUGGGUCCCAGCAGGCCUUGCGGGACUCCCCCGUCAUUGUGAGGAAUCCGGAAGUCCCGCUGGCAAAAUUCACGGCGUGUCCCUUAGAAAGAGGAGGAGGAGGUGGUGGAGACUUGGGGGGGACGGAUAAGACCUUGUUUAAAGACACCGGCUUAGCACCCCUCACCCCGCAGCCAAUUGCUGGCCUCCAGGUUCCCGUCCCCAUAAACGCUGCAACCGCAGUAGCCAAUGGCACCGUCCUCUUGCGGAGCCCGGGCCAAACAUUAGUGCUUGUGUCCCCGACUCCGUCCUCUGUCCCCACCGCUGCCACCCCUGCUCCCCCUCUGCAGCCCCUGUCAGUUGUCGUCGGCACAACGGUCGCAGCUGCCGCUCCGAGUGGCGCGGACGGCUCGGUGGAGCGGGAGGAGAAUGGGGGGACGGGGUUCGGGGGUGAGGUCCAGCAGCCGGUUCCGUGUCACCCGUCUCCCACCGCUCUGCUGCCACUGAUCCUCCCAGCCGAAAGCCUUCACCCCGUCCCACGGAAGGACAUCAUCAUGGGACGCCCUGGCACAGUAUGGACCAACGUAGAGCCCCGGUCAGUUCCGGUCUUCCCCUGGCAUUCGUUGGUCCCUUUCCUGGCACCCACUCAAUCGGAUGCUUCUUCUCAGCCAGGAGAGGGUCAGCACCCAGUCAACCACCCCCAGGCAGCCAGUCUGAAGACAGAGGGCCAGGGGGUGGCUUCGCUGUCACAGCAGCCUGCAGAGGCACCUCCUACCGUAGAGCGAGGUCCUCCGUCCCGGCCUCCUCCCUCUUCCGAUGAGCUGCCUCCAGAGGAGGAGAAAGGCGACGCAGAGAGGGAGAGGCCUGAAAGCGAGACAGAGAGUGAUGUUGAUGACCUCUUCCUCCCAGGAGUUGUACCGGAGCAGCCCAUCUCUACAUCACCAGUAAAGAGACGCACCCAGUCCCUCAGCGCGUUGCCCAAAGACGGAGAUAGGAGCUGCCCUGGAAAGAGAGAGAAGGACCACAUCCGACGACCAAUGAAUGCAUUCAUGAUUUUUAGUAAGCGCCAUCGAGCAUUGGUGCACCAGCGGCACCCGAACCAGGACAACAGGACCGUCAGCAAGAUUCUCGGAGAGUGGUGGUAUGCUCUUGGACCAAAGGAGAAACAGAAAUACCAUGAUUUGGCGUUCCAGGUAAAAGAGGCUCACUUUAAAGCUCACCCAGACUGGAAGUGGUGUAACAAAGACAGGAAGAAGUCCAGCUCAGAUGGCCGUGGAGUUCCAGGGGGCAAAGACAUCAGGGAGAGGAGCAUGUCUGAGUCCACAGAGCCCCAUUCUGUGGAGCUAAAGGGUGCUGGUCCAGGUCUGGUGGGCGUAUCUGAGAGGAACACAGGGGAAGGUCUUGUGGGCCAGCUUACCCGUCCCAGAGCCUUCUCCCAAAGUGCCGUGCACAGCCUGGAGCACAGUGACAGGGGAAACACACAGGCCCUUGCAGAACUGACACAGAUGUGUGGGGAUGGCGGCAGUAAGUUUUCGGGUCAUGCUCCGCCCCUGUCCCAAUCCCAGAGGGGGGUCAGCGAGGACAUGACCAGUGACGAGGAGCGCAUGGUCAUCUGUGAAGAGGAGGGAGAUGAUGAUGUCAUUGAGGACCCUUAUCCGAGCACUUCCAUAGACCUCAAGUGUAAGGAGCGGGUGACGGACAGCGAUAGUGAGAACGGUUCUGGAGACGAAAGCAAUCGGAAGCGGAUUUUUGCUCCAGUCAUUUGCUCCUCUGCGUCAUCAUCGUCUUCCUCACACCACACCUCUCAUGGCAGAAGUGUCUCUCUGUCCUCUUACCCAAGCAGCAAGCGUUACGAUGAAGGGAGAUCAGGAGGGGGGGGAUUUUCAGAUCACAGGAGGAAGGACAGAGGAGAGGGAGAGACUAGAGAUACAUUUGGAGCAGCAGCAGGAGGAGCAGCAGCAGCAGCAGCAGCAGCAGCAGCAGCAGCAGCAGCAGGAGGAGGAGGAGGAGGAGGAGGAGGAGGAGGAGGAGGAGUAGUGCAAGCCACAUCUCUCUCCCUCACUUCUGGUUCGUCAGUCAUCUCCACUUCUGCAGCUGGAGGGUAUCCAUCCUCAUCAGCAGGUGCCCUGGGGGUAAACCCCCUCCCGGGGAUUGGCGCUGUAAGGGUGGCCUCCACGGUGGUGACCAAUGUAAUGCGUCCUGUUAUCAGCACGCCCCUCCCAAUCGCCAGCAAAUCCAGAGAAGGAGGGACAUCAAGCCCACAUCCGCCAGAGAGGAAGUCGCUAACUCUCCAUCAGCAGCCACAAUUUGUGAUCGGUUCAGGACCAGGAGGAGGAGUUUCGGGGACAGGGGGUGGGUACUACUCUUCGUCAUCACCUAAUCCGUUAGGUGCAGGCAUUGGCUCCGGUGGUGUAGUGACUAAUUUGGUGUUGGGAGGGGCUCUGUCUGCUCAACCGGCCGUACAGCUCAUCACACCCUCCCACCACCAUCAUCCCUCCCAGCAGCAGGCCUUUUCCUCCUCCGCUGUUUCAGUGUCGCAUAGCCAAACCAACGGGCCCCUGCCUCUGUCCCUGCUUCACCCCCAGUUCCUCCCCACCUCUUCCUUAGCGUCCCCGGGGGGUAAGGCCAUCACGCAGGUUCAGUACAUCCUUCCCACCCUACCUGCCAACACCAACCCCAAUAGUCCACCUCAGCAGCUCAGCCAGCCAACCGGUAUCUUCAACCUGCCCACAGCUCCACCCACACACAUGUCCUUGGCCAAUGGGAGGCAACAGGGAAUAGGUUCACUGACAGGAUAUUCGUCCAGCUCAGCAGUGGGAGUGGUUAGCCCUGCAGCGAGAGUGCAAACACAGUCCCCGGUGCUGCAGGGUAAAAUGAUUGUUCCCAUGGCAACAGUACGAACAGCACCAGCCCCUGCCCAGCAGGUUCCCGUUAUGGCUCCAACUCUUCCGGUCCAGAACGGUGCUCAGGCUGGAGGGAAGAUCAUCCAAAUAGCUCCCAUGCCUGUGGUCCAGUCCCACCUGUCUCAUGGCGGAACGGUCCAUCCGGCCAGCCCCUUCCCCAGAACAGUGGGCACAACUGCCGUGGUGUCCCCGGGAUCGGCCCCCUCCCAGGCUGUGCUGCUGCCUCCAGCUCCUACCAGGAUCACUUAUGUCCAGUCCACUCCAGGGGUCCCAUCCACUCUGCCUCUGGUCUCCACGACAUCAGUCUCUUCCAUCGGCCAGCAACCCCUGCCGGUGCAUGGUUCUGCAUAUGUGCAAUCGCCCCUGGCAACUCUCGGAUUCACCGCUAUUGGGCCACCCGGUCAAACCCUGGUGCAGCCUCUGAUCGCGGGUCAGCCACCUCUCUUAGCCACAGCUCCGUCCUCACAGCCCUCCAUCUCGGCCCCUGCCCCGGGAUCCGGGGGCCAGGCGGUCACUGCAAUCUACCCUCCCUCACCUAACGUCACCAUGGCAACAGGGGUGGUCUCCAUGACAGCAGUACCCCCCAGCGUGGUCUACUCCAUCUCGGGCCCUUCUACUGUUUCCUCCCACAUCCUGUCCAAACACACUGUGACCCCCAGCACAAUCACACACUCACAUCCGCAGCCCCAGCCGGACAGACAGGCCGACAGGCACCCGCCUCCAGACCGACCCCCAGAUCGACAGACCGACCGACCGGCCGGGGGGCAGACAGAACUGAUGACUCAUUCGGACAGACAUCUGGAGAGGCAAACCUCCGCCAGUGUCAGCUCAGUGGCCCCUUCAGGGGGCUCCGUUGUGUCCACGAGGUCCUGCAGUCCUCUUCCGAUCCAGACACCUGGCAGUACACCAGGUACACCUAAACUAACCCAGCUGCCUGUCAGGACCCCUCAAAAGGUGAAGGCAACACUGGCGAACAUUCCUGUAGGCAGCUAUGAAGGAGGAGGCCGAGGAAAAGAGAGAGAAAGGGAGAGAGAGCGGGAGAAGGAGAGAGUGGCCGCAGCCACCAGUCGCUUCUCCUUUGAUGCUGAGCCAGCAGGACAGACGGGGCCUCCAUCAACACAUCCUGCCGAGGGCCCGCCCUCCUCCUCCUCUUCCUCCUCCUCCUCCGACCGACCCUUGGAGGGGUGUAGUGCCGCGGAGUCCUUUGACGCCCAACACAGAGAAAGCACAACCACCAAAGAGGCUGGAUGGAAGGAGUCCCUCCCCUCCUCACCCCCCCCCCCUCCAUCAGCCACAGAACCGCCCCUGCCGCCCCCGCAGGCUGACAAAGAUGGUCCUCCCGCCAAAAAAGUGAAAGCCCGACCACCACCACUGAAGAAGACUUUUGAAUCCGUCGACAAGUCGGGCAGGGUGCUGUCGGAGGUAUAUUUCGAGGAGCGCUUCGCUGAGCUGCCAGAGUUUCGGCCCGAGGAGGUCUUGCCUUCCCCCACCCUGCAGAGUCUGGCCACCUCACCCCGCGCCAUCCUGGGCAGUUAUCGCCGCAAGAGGAAGAACUCCACAGAUUUGGAUUCAGCCACUGACGAGCAAGUCUCUCCUAAGAGAAAGAGCCGUCGGCGCUCGAGCUGCAGCUCGGAGCCCAACACGCCUAAAAGUGCGGCCAAGUGUGAGGGAGACAUCUUCACCUUUGACAGAGCAGCCACGGACGGAGAAGACAUCCUGACGGAUCUGGAGUUUGAUAAGGUUCCCUACUCGUCCCUGAGAAGAACCCUGGACCAGAGGCGAGCGCUGGUCAUGCAGCUGUUCCAGGAGCAGGGCUUCUUCCCUUCAGCUCAGGCCACUGCAGCCUUCCAGGCGAGAUACUCCGAUAUAUUCCCCACCAAGGUGUGCCUCCAGCUGAAGAUCAGGGAGGUGCGGCAGAAGAUCAUGCAGACAGCCGCCCCCUCCGACGUCUCUGCUUUCGGCAUCCCGGACUCUCUCGGCUCCCUCCCCGGACCUUCUAGCUCCCAGUCGGGAGAGGGAGCUCUCAAGGGAGGUGGGGACCUGCAGGACGACGACGUAGAGCAGGGCGCAGAGGGGAGCCCCGAGGAUCUUCGUGAUUCACAGGAGUCUUCUAGACGAGGGAUGCUGACUAAUUUAAAUUGACCAAUCAAUUCAAUUCAUUUUGUAUGGCCCAAAAUCACAAAUUUGUCCCAGAGGGCUUUACAAUCUGUACACGUACGACGUCCCCCUCCCCCCCAAAUGUUGACAGUCAGACCUUUACACCCACUACACACGAGGGCGCACACACACACACUUCUUUUAAUCCUCACUCUCAACCCUCCUUUGGCCUCAUCCUGUUUUUCUUUCCAGGCUUAGGACCCGACCGGUGGGAGUAGAAUAUGUUUUUAAUGGAAUGUUGGGACCUUUUUUACCUUCAGUUAAACGCAUGAAACCCUAUUGCACACAAACCACUUCAUGAUACACACACACACAAACUGUCAAUCACCACACUUGAAAUGGAACUCUGUAUUAACCACCUUGGGAACGGUCCCAUUGAUGCCAGUGAACGGAGGACCAUUGUGUACAGCUGCACUCAUUCUCCUUGAAGGAAGGAGGCUUCUGGCGUUUGGACGCGCGCUCAGAGACAAUGAGCGGCUUGAAAACAACAACAUUAAACUGUUUUAUAUUUGUUUUAUUAGCAUUAGAGGAGUAAAGCAGUACCACUCUGCGUGAGGAACAACCUGUAUUUAGACUCAGCCGUUGGUGUUUCUGCUGACAUUAGGGGGCUGGGCCCCCGACAGCCAGAAACCUUUCAUUCAACGAGAGAACUUUGGACCUGGAAAGCUCUUUCUCUCCAUCUUAAGUGUUCUCGUGGAGACCUUCUGGGGUAGACGUACUAGGAGGGACUGAGAAAUGGCCUGAAAACUCAAGGGGAUUUCUGGCUGUGCCAUCAUUCCUGCAAUUACCUGUCUGGCCGUGUCCUCCCUCCUCGCGAAUGACGCAAGCACACGCCAGUCGGUAGGAACCGCGCAUUCCUGUGCAUCUCAUUCGCUGGCCAUGAAGGAAGGGGGCGGGGCAGAGUCACUGGGCACAUCCUGGCGCUUGGUUAUAAGGCUGAUUAGGCCUUAACCCUCUAUUGCCAAGCCGUUUUAUUAACUUUUUUUAAAGAUAAUUUCAUUUGUAUUUAACGUUGUCAUAUUCCGAUUGUUUUACUAUUCCUAUGGUUAUGAUUAUUACUCCUUGUAUAAUUGAAAUGACCCCAGUCUUCUGUUCUCAUUGCUGAUCUCGUCUUCCCUCGAAUGGCCGCGGUGCAUUUCUUUCUGUUGUUCGUUACAGAGGGCGACACACAACGUGGACCUCUCCGUUCUUUCAGUAGUUAUAAGACAAAAUGUUUUAAGACCACCCUUUGUUUGACUUCUUUUUCCAUAUAGCCUUAACACUUGUACAUCUCCUUCCUCCCUUUGUCACUUUAUUGCUCAUUCAAGACCUUUUAAGGCCAGCGGAGAGAAAACGGGGAGGUAAUGGAUCAAAGAGAGCUGGUAGGAUCGCAAACUGUCUUUGUGCAAGACUUGGUUGUGUUGUAAAUAAUUACUGUAGAGUCAGUAGACUCGUUAUAUCAUUAAGGAAAAAUUGGUCACUGAACAUGAGUUGACGCUUAAAACACCCAUUACCAAACAUAAAAUGGAAAAAAAACAUGGCUAUUGUUUGUGUUAUACUCCUUGUUUUACUGUUCCAGUAUAUGAGAGGAAUUUAUAUGAAUAAUUUAAGUUUGUAUCUGUAUCUUUUCAGUAUGCAAAUAAAAAUGGGUGUUCAAUUAAAGUGAUUGUAUCACUGACAAAGUAAA